AUGUCCAUCAUAGUGAAAAGCGUGUGCAAGGCGUUGGAACGAAUCGCACCGCUCCGGCUUGCUGAACCAUGGGAUAAAGUAGGCCUUAUCAUAGAGUCUCCCGUCCCAAGGUCCGAUGCAAAGCGCGUAGUAUUGACGAUCGACCUGACUACUGCUGUCCUUGAGGAGACAUUAAAAGUACCUACAGCGCUGGUAAUAACCUACCACCCACCCCUCUUUCAACCCGUUACUUCUCUCACAUUGGCAAACCCACUGCAAGCAUCUUUGCUCAAGCUUUCGGCCGCAGGGACAUCAGUCUUCUGCCCUCACUCAAGCCUCGAUGCGACUUGGGGUGGUAUAAACGACUGGCUUGCAGAAGGCGUCAUGGGUCCCCAGAAGGCCGCUGCAAAAGUCGACAUCCUGGGAGAAGUCAAGGGAAACGAAGGUGGUGCCGGCCGGAUCGUGAAGCUCGAUGAACCGAUUCCUAUCGAGGAACUCGUCCAAAGAGUAAAGAAGCAUCUUCUUUUGUCACAAGUUGACGUAGGACGGCCGCUCGUUCAAAAAUCAAUUAAAUCGGUUGCAAUUUGUGCUGGUUCCGGGGGAACUUUACUGUCAGGAGUCGAUGCCGAUGUGUAUUUCACGGGAGAAAUGCAACAUCACGAGGUCCUUGGAGCAGUUGCAAGGGGUCGGUACGUCAUACUAUGUGGACAUACAAACACCGAGCGUGGGUACCUCCCUGUUCUUGCAAAGAAGCUGUUGGAUGGCCUCUCCGAACUCGUACGGGACGAGUCGCCUGAUGGAUUAUCUCCAGAAGAAAGAAUUGAGAUCGAGAAGUACCAGCUGGACAUCCACAUCAGCGAAGCGGAUAGACACCCUCUUGAUCGCAUGUAA